AUGGAUUCCAACUCAGCAAUCAGUCAAUCGAGCCUCCCGCCGCAGAUCAAUCAAUACCGGGGACCUUACAAGCUGGAACAGAUAUUAGCUGUUGCAGGAAUACAUCCGUUCUAUUCCGAUAGCCGAAGCUCAGCACCUGGAUAUGAAGAAGUGGCCAAGGCACUAAAGGCCACUCCCGGUUCCCCUACAACCUUGCAAAGUUUGCCUAUCAUUAAAAAGGAAAGGCUUGCUGAAAUUACCAGGAAAAUGAGCCGGAACACUACGGAAGGCAGAUCGUUCCGAAGCGGAGCUAUCAUUGGUAUCACGGGAGGCGGCAGCGGAAAGGGCGAUCCCAUGCCCUUUUUUACUGAUGCACAAGAAACUAGAGCUAUUCGAGCGUUUGCUGGACACCUCCUAGUCCAGUGUGGUAUUGCAGGUGAUGGCGAUUUAGCCAUUGUACUGAACACCACCGGAAAUUUGUACAGUAUGGAUCCAGACCGUCUCGUCAGGACUUGUCAGCAGCUGCAACCCAACGUCCUUGCUGGGGCCCCCAUGUUCGGGGGUACUCGCGGACCGUUAUUCUAUGGAGCCAUCUAUGGAAGCGCCGAGGCAGGACCAUGGGCCGUCGCCAACCACACGUUUACCGGUCAUCAUGCAGAGUUUGUGGACCUGAUAUACGACGAACGAGCGAUGAUCGUUGAAAUUGUGCCGGCUGCAUCAGAAACCGCCGAUCAAGGUAGAGGAAACCAGCUCGUCGAUACGGUCCCUCAUGGCACUGCUGGCAUCAUUGUCCUCACCUCUCUUCAAAAGCUGCGCCACCCACUAGUCCGAUAUUAUACGGGAGAUAUAGGCUCCUUGCAUGAUGCAACUCCCGAGAUACGCGCCUCUGUUGGUGAUGGUGCUGGGAACCUGAGAAUUCUGCGAUUCUAUGGACGAGAUCGUGCGGAAUCCUUCAAAUGGCAAGCAAACUUUUAUGAGAUCAGAGCUGUUGAAGAGGUCAUGAAUACAGCCAACUGGGGUGUUUUUGAUUGGCAGAUUGUUCUCUACAUCAACAAAGACACUGGAGAGCAUACCAUGGAGGUGAAGGUUAUACGGGAGGAGCAGUCAGCGGCCAUCUUGACCCAAUCACAACUCAGAUCUGAGCUUUCGGCAUUUUUCAAUGUGUACCCGAAGGUUGAUCACCUUUUUCAUCUCAGAUCGGUUGGACUAAGAGACAUGGUGCGGAGUGAGACGGCUGGCAAGAUCAUCCGAUUGGUUGACCACACAAAAUAG